AUGCCACAAGAACUCGAAACAACCCUAAGAAGACCUCAAGAACUCGGAGAGGGUGAGUUCGUGACAUCUCCAAGAACGCCUCCAGAGUUCCCAGACGAAUUCAACUUCGAAAUGUCUACAAGAACGCCUCAAGCACCCACAGAGGCUGAGUUCGCGACGUCUCCAAGAGGGCUUCAAGAGUUUCCAGAAGACCUCAACUUCGUAACGUCUUCAAGAACGGCUCAAGAACUAGCUAACGGGGACUUCGCGACCUCACCAAGAACGUUUCAAGAGUUCCCAGACGACCUGCUGCACUUCGGAACACCUUCAGAACCCCCCCAAGAACCAUCUGCUGGGGAGUUCGAGGCGGAGUGGUGGGUGCUAGUGGUGUGUGUGAUUGGGUUGGCGUGUGGAGCUCUCACCAGCGCCCGUCUCCUGCACCACGGUACCUCUGCAAACCUAAGACGCUUCCCCAGCACAGCGGCGCGUGUUCUGCUCUGCUCCCAGGCGGCCGCGGGGCUUCUUCAAGUGACUGUCGCUUCCCCCGUCCUCCUCCUCGCCCUCGCUUACUGCUACGGCGGCAAGGUAUGUGUGUGCGUGGGGUGGGCGUCGUGGGGGUGGGCGUGGGGGGUGCAGGGGGCGGGGGCGCUGGCCAUUGCCUACGAGAGGGUGCGGGUCAUGGGCAGGCCGCUACGAGGUGUGCUGGCUCCCCGCACUGCUGUCAUUUUGGCGGGGGCGGCGUGGGCGUGUGGGGGCGCGAUGGGCGUGGCUAUGGGCAAAGGACUCCAGUGUACCUUCCCCUCCUCCUCCUCCUCCUACUCCUUUUCCUCCUGUGGGCAUCCCAGCGUGGCGGCGGCGGUGCUGGUGGCGGCGUUUCUUCCUCUCCUUCUGCUGGUCGUGUUGUGGGCCCAGGGUGUGAGGCGCCUGCGACAAGCUCCCGCCACCUCCACCUCCUGCCCUGCCUAUGUCCGCGAAGUCCCCAAAUGGCGUCUAACCACUCCGCAGCCUUCAGAUAAUUUAGAGGCUAUCAUGUUUACGGUGAGCCGCUGGGCAGCUCCUCUACUCGUGGCCGCCCCUUCCUCCUGCAGCCCCCCUCCAGGCCGCCCUUCCAAGCCGGCCCUCCACGCUGAGGCUCUCCUGGAAGGCUCUCGCUCCCCCUCCCCCGUCUAUUCGCGUCGUAGUAGCAUGCUAGAGGAGGACACGUUCACCGUUGGAGGCAUCUAUAUGGGCUCCCUCAAGUCUCACAUCAGGGCACACAGCGGGUUCUGCACCGACCAAAACGUUCGAAGUCAAGGCUGCCAGACGGGGGAGGAUGAAGCUAGUCCCCCAGUGAUUGAAUGGAGAGUCCUUCCCCCAACACCCACCCUACAGGAACCCCCACCGGUCCUCACAGCCCCCGAGGUGACCAGCGUGGGGGUGCAGUGCUGUUCGGUGGCCCAGACGCCGUCCCAGACCCCAAGAGGCGGUUCGUUGGCAAAGGACUUCGAUCGUUUGGUGGUAUGGGAGACUUCGGUAAAGGUGGAGUCGUCGAGGGCGGCCCCAGCUCUUGCCCUCAGCGCGGUGCAGGCUCUCACGGGUGUGUUCCUGCCUCUAGUGGUCCUGGGUCUUCAUGUGGGUGCCCCCGGGUCUGUGUGGGCGUGGUGGGUCAUUCUCCUGGCCCUAACAGUGACCAACCCCGCCCCAGCCCUAGCGCACUGUUCGUAUUUUCUGGCGGAGGCGUGCGUGAGGGACAGGCUGAGGGAGGUGUGACUGAGUGAUUCGCUGGCUGCAUAGGUUAAGUGAUUGGUUGACUGGUUGACUGAUUAGUUUGUGUGUGAUUGGUUGAUUGACUAACUGAUUGAUUGACCGGUGUGUAACUGACUGACUGACUGAUUGACUUACUGAUUAAUUGGAUUGAUUGACUAUGACGUACUGCUUGACUGAAUGACUAGUGUAUGACCGAUUAAUUGAUUACUACUACUACUACUACUACUACUACUACUACUACUACUAUUACCACUACUACUACUACUACUACUUCCACUACUACUGAAUGCUACAUUAGUAAUAGAACAAACGUAGUCGAGUGGAGGACUGAUUUAUAUUUACAGUUAUAGUCAAAAGUUGGUGAAUGUAUAUUUAGUGAAUGUAGGCCUAUACUAACACACCAGCCCUCACACACUCAUACACACACUUACGCACUAUACAGAUAUUUUCAGACGCUAUACAGACUCAUCAAUUAUUUAUAGAAGCCAAUAUAGAGGUUAAACGUGUCCCCAUGAGUGUUUCCUUACGUUCAGGGUGCAGAAACUGUCAUACCAGGGUCAGAAAACCACCCAUGGAAAUGCCUACAAAUCCUAUACAACUACACACACUCUCGUACGAACAUAUACACAUACAAAUACAAAUACAAAUACAUACAAAUACAAAUACACACACACACAUACGUACACAGAAGCAUACAUGAAGACUACACAAGCACUCAUACACAAAUACACAAGUAAGUAAACAAGUACACAACAGGUAACACGUACAGAAGGUAUAUACAAACACAAGUACAAGUAAACGUAAGUAAGGGUACAAAAAAUAAUAAAAAAAUAAAUAUAUGAAUAAUUACUUAAUAACAUAUCUUUUAUUAUCGUGAAAACUCGGUUAAUAUUUUUUUGGGCCGUA